GUCCUCUGCCUUCAGUAGAGGUGACUCCCGGAGUGGCAUUGGCAGCAGUCAGUGCAGUCAUGGCCUUCUGCAUCCCGCGUCCUGCUGCCCGCCUGUCCUCCGGCGCCUCCGGGGCGCUGAAAUACGCCCAGCGGUCUUAUGCAUCUCAGAGCUCCUUAAAGGAGGUGGUGAUUGCAAGUGCAGUAAGAACCCCCAUCGGAUCAUUCCAGGGGUCCCUGUCCUCUCUUCCUGCCACUAAGCUUGGCUCUGUCGCCAUUAAAGCUGCAGUUGAACGAGCCGGUAUUCCUGCAGAGGAGAUCAAUGAGGUGUACAUGGGCAAUGUCCUGCAGGCAGCGCAGGGACAAGCACCAACACGACAGGCCACACUUGGUGCAGGUCUGCCCAUCUCUACACCCACCACCACAAUCAACAAGGUCUGUGCCUCUGGCAUGAAGUCCAUCAUGUUAGCAGCCCAAAGCCUGAUGUGCGGACACCAGAAUGUGAUGGUAGCUGGUGGGAUGGAGAGCAUGUCUAAUGUACCCUAUUGCAUGAGCAGAGGAGCCACGCCAUAUGGUGGAGUAAAACUGGAGGAUCUGAUUGUGAAAGAUGGACUUACUGAUGUCUACAACAAAAUCCACAUGGGAAACUGUGCAGAAAACACAGCAAAGAAGUUCAGCAUUGGGCGGGAAGAACAAGAUAAUUUUGCAAUCGGCUCUUACACCAGAAGUAAAGCCGCCUGGGACGCCGGGUUAAUGGCAAAAGAAAUUGCACCUGUUACUAUUGCACAGAAAGGGAAACCAGAUGUUGUUGUACAAGAGGAUGAGGAAUAUAAGCGAGCAGAUUUCACCAAGUUUCCAAAACUAAAGACAGUUUUCCAAAAAGACAAUGGCACAGUAACUGCAGCCAAUGCCAGCACACUGAACGAUGGGGCAGCCGCCUUGGUUCUUAUGACUUCAGAAGCUUCAGACAGACUCAAAGUCAAGCCUCUGGCGCGGAUCCUUGCUUUUGCCGAUUCUGCCGUAGACCCCAUUGACUUCCCUAUUGCACCCGCAUAUGCUAUUCCUAAGAUCCUGAGUGCUACUGGGCUAAAGAAAGAGGAUAUUGCCAUGUGGGAGAUCAAUGAAGCAUUCAGUGUUGUCGUAUUGGCCAAUGUAAAAAUGUUGGACAUUGACCCUGCAAAAGUCAACAUUAAUGGUGGAGCAGUGUCUCUUGGCCACCCCAUUGGGAUGUCGGGGGCUAGAAUUGUUGGUCACAUGGCUCACGCGCUGAAGAAGGGACAGUUCGGUAUUGCCAGUAUCUGUAAUGGUGGAGGAGGUGCCUCAGCAAUCUUGAUCGAGAAGUUAUAGAACUUUAAAAGCCAAAUGCCAGACCGUAAAUCGGAGCAUCCACAGUCCACGCACUUUAUAAUCUUUUCUGUUACACUUAGAAUUCUGUUACAGCUUUCUUUAGGGCUACAGGAAUCCUUUCUAGAAUAUAUUUGGCUUACAAGGUGUGGAACCAUUAAAUGUCUAGGGACCUCUGCACUGCAGGACUUCACCUGCGAUUUGGAAUUCUCUUAACGUUGGCACGUGCUUGUACCCUGCCUUUACAAAGUAUCUGACAAUCUAAUACAGAUGUACAGAAACAUUAAGCUGUACCUGAAUGUACAAGGUUUCUGUCAUCUUCAACGGCUGAAGUGUUUAGACAGAAAUCCUACAUGUCGGUAUCA